GCCGCACGCGCAUGCAUCCCUGCCUACUCGAUCGUGUACCUCGUAGAUCGUUGGCUCUUGUCUCGAGAGCGUCGACGAGUGUGCAUCGAUCGCGCGAUCCGUGUCGAACAGUGAAAAACAGUGCCACGAGAACAGUGAUUCACCCCCCAAGUGUCCGCCGAACCAAGUUGGAACCUCGAGUUAAGAAUUUCUGUGAAUCGGUUCGGUUAUUACCAGCUGGGAAUCCCCGUAGACCAGGAGAAACAAAGUGACCAGAAGAUUACAUCAGGAGCGAUCUAGAGAGCAAGAGAAAGAGAAAAUAGUGGCGGAUGAUCAGGGACGAACGCGUUGGGGAAUGAGCGAGGCGUUCAAUUAAAGCGUUCCAGAAGCAAAGGAACUGGGGGGAACAUUGCCGCGUAACUCGCUUGGAAUAUAUCAGUCGAGGAGUACGCGAGCUUGCGAUGUUGCCUCUUAACGCAACCUCCUAAUCCGCGGUGACGUUAACCGAACCGAGCUGAUUGCUCAUUGUGCAACGAGUUUCCCAGGAUCCUCACCGGGGGGGACCAUCGCGGUCGGUUGACGUGAAAAAUUGGGUCAAAGUCUCUCUUUCUCGUUCAAGGUCGAACGAUUUUACGGCCGCGCGCGAUCGCGAUCGAAGCGUCGCGUCGAUGCCAGGCGCGAUAGACUGAUCGAACACACACACACACGGUGGAGGAGUUUGGAUACCUUCGAGGCCUGAAAUCUAUCGCGAACGAUGAAGUGGUGCUUAGUGGUGCUGUUUCUGGCUGGUGUCUCGCGGGCGGACAACACCGUCAACAACUCGGAAUAUUCGACCUUUGCUUGCCCGGAGCUCAACUCCCAGGACGAGAUCGAUCUCGACAAGAUAAUGGGCAAGUGGUACGUGGUGGAGGUUUUGGAGCACAAAAUCGAUCCGCUGAAGCCUGUAAGCGGAUCGUACAUCGUCGAUUCCUGUCCGAUUGUCAAGCUGCGGGCACUCGAGUACUCCUCGCUGAAGCUUUUAUGGACCGAGGAGGCUGGAAAUCUCGAAUACACCUUCCGGAUACCGGACAUCUCUAGGAAACCAGGCGUCUGGAUCUCCAGCUCUCAGCAAAACGGUACGCUGGCGAGUACGAGAGACAGGCAGUACAACCAGUUCACCGGGAAGGUCCACGUGAUGAAGGCCGUGGCCUCCGACAUGGUGCUGACCUUCUGCUCAGGUAGACCCGACAAUCAACUGUACUCUCUGCUGCUGGCGCGGGAGCACAUCCUCCAAAAGAGCGACAAACGAGGUGUCCACAAUCUGCUCGGUCGUCGCGGGCUGAACAUCGCGAACAUCCGGGAAACCUGCAUGAACUACGCCCCCUGGAGAAGAGGAUCCUUCGAGCUGAUCGGCUGGGUGACGUUGAUGAGCAUCUUAUCCUCCAGCGUUCUACUCGUUUCCUGGUAGUGGCCGGUCGUAGAAUACGACGAGUAAUUAAGUAAUCGCGAGGAGAAUCGUUAUGGAGCGUUGCUUGCGAAAUAAGCAAACUGUUGAAACUAUCUUUCAAACGAUCGGAUCCAAUUUAUCGGGAAAAUUGCUGAACCAUCGUUGAAAAGUCUAUCGUGUUUUCUGUUAGGUUAAGGUCUGCUUCUGACGAUGUGUGCAAUCAUCGCGAUACGUGCAAGGUUCUGAUCGUAAGACAGCUAGCCAACUAUCGGUAGAAGCGUUUAUUUCUCCAGUUUCCAUUUUGCAUAACGUCUGGGGAAACUGUUCGAGUCACGAUCAAUCGGAAUCGACACGAAUCUUACUUCCAUCUGCUCUCGAAACGUGGACGAAAACCGAUUUUCGCUGGAGGGGGGGAUGGUAUAGUUGAGGAGCAUCUGUCGAGAAACGGUCUUUAACGACGUAAUCGAUAUCAGUACUCGGGGGGUCCUCUUUUGAUCGCGGAAGAAUGCCCUUAAUUGCCGACGCAACUAACGAUCUCGCGUCUCGUGUCCGUUGCACGAGCAUGGCCGAUUCCACGGCGCAAUCGUAAUAACGAUCUCGUCGAACGAAAAACGCGAACGAGACACGGGGUCUUUCGUUCGAAAUCUGUUGCUUCCAAUCUUUGUUUCUCGAUAGAAUUCCGUUCCAUCGGGCACUGUGAUCGCAUUUCUUUCGAUGACUCUCUCGAUAUUCGCAGGAUCAAUUCUCUUUUACGGCUGAAACGAACUCUACUCUUGUCCAGCCGCAUGCAUCUUCGAUAAUCAUGACACUUUCAUGGUGAAACCCUAACCUAACUUAUCGCCUCCAAUUUUAACCCGCUCUUACAGAAUGCUAACAGAUGUUUUUGUUUUUCGAAAUUUCUAUAUUCCUUGAUUUAAAAAUUAUUUUCUUCUUAGCAAUGUACGUCUAUGUUUAUUGGUAAUAACAAUAAUAAUUUUCAUCAAUACUGAACAAACUUGUUUCUGAAAUAUGACUUGAUCCAAUUGCUCAUAGAACUUAUUAAUUUACACAACAUCAUAGGCAGUAAAUGCACAUUGUAAAUCCCUUGGAUGACAAUAUUGUGUUUUUUAGUUGGUCUAGGUACCAGUAGAUUAUCCAUAGAUGCUCACUUUAGCACCAAAGAUUUAGUUUUACUUACUAUUUUGACAUAGUCAGGAUUACAUAAUGCCAAAGAAAUUCCUACAGGAAUUUGUGCUGAAUCUUUCCCAGUGUAUAAUCGUAGCAAUUUAAGUAAGGAGGCCAAAUUUGAGAGCCAAAUAAUUUACUGUAGAACGAACCAAAGUACAAUAUUGAUAUCGUAGUGUAUUUAAGUCCCUAAAAUCCCUGGCAACCUUGUUAAGGUUCCUUUUCCUGCAUUUUUUAGCAUUUGAGCCGUUUAUUUUGAAGUAAAAUACCUGUCUCGCUAUUUGACUGAUUACCUGUUUUGAGCUGAUUUCUUCCCCCAGAAUGAUCAGAGCAACAGAAUCUUAUAACCUACCAUUCUGCAAAGUGGGUUAAAUCCGGAAGAAGACAGGUUAAGUGGUUCCUUUGUGCUGUAGCUUUCACGAUAUAGGGAGGUCGUAAAUUUCUCCAGACAUCGAUUUAUCGUGAGUACAUAGUAAGUAGAUACAUCGACACCGGGUGAAAGAUUUCUUUCUACGGUCCUGACCCGAGUCACUUGAUUUGUCUCGGCAGUCGAUACGUAUCUGUUUUGAUAUUUCAAGCAAUUUACGACCUCUCUUUAUCCUGGACGCUAUAGCGAGUGUUCGACGCCACGACGAUUAGCUCUUUCAGCUACAGAUCAGUUAAUAGAAACUGGAAAUACAGCAAUUAUCGAAAGAUCGAUACAAUUUUUCGUAUAACUCGAGGCAAAUAUCUCCAUUGCUGUUUAUAUUCUCACCAUUAAUAAAAAUUGAUAUUUUUAUAUUUAUCAUUAUCAUAUGUAGUACCUUUAUGAGUGUACCAUCGUUGAAUUGGUAAAGAUUUCCCAGUGAAAAUGAGUCCAAACACAAAUUUUUGUUUGAAAAUUCAUAGAGAUGAUUUGAAUAAUUAAAAAUAUAUUCAUGUUUGGACUCAUUUCCAUCGAAGAAACAUCAUCUAUUAGAUCGAUAUUACUCCUAUGUCUAAAAUUCGACCGUUCUCGGAUAACUGAAACCCCGAGGGUCUGAUGUCGUUUCAGUUAUUCGGGAAUUGCUGUAUUUCCUGUGUUUUUGUUAAUUAGUUCUAUUAAUUUAACACUGUGGUGAUCGAACGACAAGAUAUACGAGCACAAUAAAGCAUUUGUGUUAUUUCCAAGUAUGACAGAAUUAUUAAAUAAUGUUCUUUGAAGCAUUAAUUUUGAACGUUUCG